CCCUACGUGUGUCGGUGUGUGUGUGCAUAAUCUAUAAAGGUCUGUGUGGGACGAGGGGGCUGCUCUGCAGAGAGGCUGGACCGGUGCUCAGGAAGAGACACAGAGGAACACACGGCCGUGCUAACUGUUCUUUGACUCCUUUCCCUACUCUGUGAUCAUGGCCAGAAACCUGCUGAAGAAUCCCAGUGGGGAAGAGCAGCUGGAAUUCUGGGACCUGACAGAAAAUGGUGGGAGCCAGUGGAAAGUGGAGGACAUGCCGGGGGACUGUGGUCACGACUUCUGCAGUUAUGGAGUCACUACAUAUUUUGUAACCUCUUUUGAGUUGUGUUUGAAGAGACAGGUCCUCGACCUGCUAGCAGAGGGUUUCUCCUCCGAACAGCUGGACGCUCAGCCCGACGUCACCGUGGAAGACUGGUACUGCGGCAGGACGGACUGCGGCUGCACCUAUCAGAUGACCGUCUCUCUGCUGGACGAGAACCAGGAGCUCCUGCAGGAGUUCAAACCUGAGCCCGUGACGCUGGACCCAGACAGUGACGACUGCUCAUGGAAACAGGUCACCCACACGUUUUCCGAGUACGGCCCGGGGAUGCGUUUCAUCUCCUUCGAACACGGGGGACAGGACACCAAGUUCUGGGACGGCUGGUUCGGGGUCCGGGUCACUGGAAGCUCUGUCAUUGUUCAGGUCUGAACAAGUGGACGGAUGAGGAGAAGGAAACCGAGUACACCAGUAGUGAGAAGUAGAGGAGACGAAGAAAGUAUUGUAAUAUGAGAGAAUGUGCGGGUUGAGAUAGGAAGAGUGCCAGAUCUGCUUUCUGUUGGCAUUCUGCUGCUGUUCACGCUGAAGAAACACAUUGCUGCAUCGAGGAUUCUAGUAAAAGCAACCCUGCACAAUCCCGCCAUGGUGCCACCUUAGCUUUAAUAACCUUGAGGUGUUAAAAUCGCAGCAUUAAUCAUGUUAACUACUACCUCUGCACGGUUAAAGCAUCCCACAUACUUGGGUGCUGAAAACAAUCAAAUGGCUUCUCAUACGGGAAUUCAAAUGAUGAAAUAAACUAAACUCCUCGCUGUUAAAGUACA